UGCUUGACUAACGUAGUGUUUCAAGCAAGUGUUUCUUCCAAGAUGGCGAACGUAGUUCGUUCGAAUUUUCAAGUAACACAAUGAAAAGGUAUACCGAGCCUUAUUCUCGGUUGUGAUGUAUUUCAUCGAGGAAAAUUCGUGUUGGUGAUCCGACGUCCUCGGACGUCGCGCGUUGUCGCGCGUGACUCGCGUGGAAGUGAUUACGGGCCGCCUGUGCGUGCCGCUCGUGCGUGCCGCCCGUGCGUGUCUCGUCGUUCAUUUGCCACGAAAGAAGAUAGAAGAAAAAAGAAAGGAAGGGAAUAAAUAAAUAAAGAAAUAAAUCAACGACGGGAAAGGGUUGAGAACAACAACGUUGAAGGAACGAUAGAAACAAAAAACAAAAAAGACAAGAUUUACAUAAAAAAUUGCAAGUGGAAGAAGGGGGGGAAGAAAAUUAAAAAAAUAUACAUAUAAUAAAAAGAAAAAGUGAAAAGGGUGGUAGAAAGGAAGGAAGGAAGGAAGGAAGGAAGGAAGGAAGGAAGGAAGGAAGUAAAAGAACCGUAAAAAGAGGAAGCAAAGGAGAAAUUGAAAAAAGACAUAGAUAGAUAGAUAGAUGGACGGAUAGAUAGAGAGACCGAGAGAGGGAGAGGGAGAGAGAGAGAAAGAGAGAAAGAAAAAAAUAAAGGAAGAAAGAAAGAAAUAUAAAAAAAAGGAAGAAAGGGAGAGAAGAUAGAGAGGUUGGCUUUUUUAUCCGCAGCAACGCGUGAGUACGCGUCGCCGUCUUUCGACGGGGGCGGAUUGACCGUCUCUGUCGUUGCUGCUUUUGCUUCUGCUCCGCCUCCUGCUGCUGCUCUUGUAUCGUAUCGUAUCGUAUCGUAUCGUAUCGUAUCGUCUUGUCUCGUCUCGUCUCGUCUCGUCUCGUCUCAUCUCGUCUCGUCUCGUCCCGUCUCGUCUCGUCUCGUCUCGUCUAGUCUCGUCUGGUGUUUUAUCGUUAACUUGAACGAGUCUCUCUAUGACCGAACACAUUUGCAAAUACCUGACGCAAAUUCGAAAAUGAGGCAGGAACAUUGCAAGUGAUUUCUACUAGAGGAAAGCCCCGAGGUACGAAGAUCCCCGUGCAGAAUGAAAUAAAAUAGAAAAUGUCAGAACUUGAGGAAAGUCUGGCAGCGCCGGAUAGUACAACGAGAGAACAGCGUCUGGGUUUCUCUCAUGGAGACGACGUAUUGCUCCAGCAUAAGGAUGGAAAAUAUUACUUGGGCACUGUCGUGGAGGUGGAUUUGGCUAGAGAGAGAUGUCUUGUCAAAUUUAUGGACAAUACAUCCUCCUGGUCGUCGGUUAAAGAGCUGACAAAAUUAGCUAUGCCCGAUUCAGAUGUUAUGUGCGUUCUCUGUAAGAAAUCCGAGCCUAAGACCGAUAAUGACAUUGUUGUGUGUGAUAAAUGUGGACGUGGCUACCAUCAACUUUGUCAUCAGCCUCAAGUAUCAAAAGAAGAAACAAGAAGCGAUACGAAUUGGAUGUGUAAACGAUGUAUGGAUAAUCAGACGAGAAAUCGUGAAUCUGGAGAGAUUAAGAAAUGUAUGGUUAAAGUAAAUAUUAGGAAAGUUUGUAGCGGUAGAGAUCAACCUCAACCACCUCCGGAUGAUAUGACAAAAUUACCAUAUGACCCUGAUAUGUUGAGUUGGGACGUACACCAUCGAGUGAAUGCAGAACAAAUUUAUUGUUAUUGUGGUCUAAAUGGAGAAUGGUACACGCAAAUGUUGCAGUGUGCUCGUUGUAAACAAUGGUUCCAUGAAAAGUGUGUUAGUUGCUUAAGGUAUCCUCUCUACAGCGGAGAUAGAUUCUAUGUUUUUGUUUGUUCGACGUGCAAUUAUGGGAAAGAAUUCGUACGACGUUUGGAAUUGAAAUGGGUCGAUUUAGUGCACCUGAUGUUGUACAAUCUGACUGUUUACAAUGCAAAAAAGUAUUAUGAUUUAGAUACGGUUAUUAUACCUUAUGCCAAUGACAAUUGGAAUUCUUUGCAACUUCCACCACGUAUUCGAGAUGUCAGCGUUCAAGUACGACGAGAAUCAAUACUAGCUAUAUUAACAAAUAAUAGAAAUAGGUUCAAGUGCGGAAGAGAAAUUAAAAAACGUACCACAAUAUGGGGUCUUAGAGUUAGAUUACCACCGCCAUGUCCUAUCGUUAAUCUUCCAGCGUCUGGAAUAAUAGAUGAUUCAGUGUUACGUAGAUGCUGGGGUGCUAAUAAAAGACUACAAUAUUUAUCUCCGUCAGCAGGAUGUAUGCCAGAAAGUACAAAACAGUUAAGCGUACUGAAGGAAAGUUCACCAGAAAAUUUGGAGAUACCUGUUAAUCCAUCGGACGUGGUCAUGAGAGGAACAAUUUAUCAAAAUUCUGAAGCAGAACAGAGCUCGUGUCCAAGUCCAAGUCCUCCUUCUCAAUCCACGCAGUCUUUGAGAGAACGAUACAGUGGAGGUGGUUUUGUAAAAAAAACUUUCCCAUUUCCAAAGUUAAGUUUACAAAGAAGAAGAAGAUUAAUGGUAUUGGGUAGUUCUCGAGAAAGGAUGUUACGUAAACAUAAAAAAAGGGAGAAAGGUUGUGGAGAUGGUUCAUUAGGAAAAUCGCAAGGUGUUAGGGAGGCCAGAUAUAGAAAAGCUAGGAAGCUAUUAAAAAAUGCCAUUGCUAAGAGCAAAUCUAGAAAUUCGGAACAAUCGGAUUUACCACCAACACCCCCGACUUCUGUAUCUGGUCCGCCAACACCACCGGCUACCACUUCGGGUAUGUCGGAAUUAUCUGUACCCAGUUCAAUGGAAUUAAUGCACCCUCUGCCACCAUCGACACCAGCAGAUACAAGUGGCGAUGAAACAAGUUCAAGAGGAACAUUAGAUUCUUUCAUUCCACCACCAAAAGAUUUUGAAGGGAAAAACAAUCCCUUUCGAAAUCUCAGCGAUUUAUUGGGUACACCUUGCAGUCUUAAUCAGGCAAGCUCCAGUACACCUUUACCUUAUAAUCAAUGUCCCAUUACAUUGCCUCUUCCAUUGACACCCGUGAUAGCACAACCACCAGUAGUACGUCCAACAAAACGUCAAUUAUCAGAAAAAGACAUUAUCAUAGACAGAAAUGGACAAGUGAAACGAAAAAGACAACAUCGACGUGGUAGACCAUCUCAACAGCAACAACAACUUCAACAACAAUUUCAACAUACAGCUAGUAAAACCGCUACGAUUUUGCCAGCACGAUAUAACGAAGUUAAAAAUGAAUUUGUGAGAAAUUUAAGGAGUUCGUUCAAUGGUGGUGGUGGUGGUGGUGGUGGUGGUGGUGGUGGUAAUGGUGGUGGUGGUGGUGGUGGUGGUGGUGGUGGUGGUGGUGGUGGUGCUUCAAGCAGUGCCAGUAGUCAAAUUGGAAAUUGUGUAGAUUAUGCCUUAAAUGGAAGAAGAUUACGACAACGACAAAGCAGUGAAAAAUUACCACCACCGGAUCCACAGCCACAAAAGAAGUGUAAUACAUCCUCCUCUCCUAAAUGUUCACCCAUGAAGCAAAGUACUCCUGACAUAUCUUUGGAUGAUCUUAAGUCAUCGGUGAAUAUUUACUUCGGAGCUGCCAACAGGAUAGCAGCAGGUGAGAAGUUUGUGAUCAAGGCGAAAAGGGUAGGACCUAAUGGUCAAACGCAGUAUCUCAUAGAAUGGGAAAGUCUUAACACUUAACGGUAAAAAUGUCAUUUACAUCAUGGUCAGGUAAUGAUGCUCGACCAAAUAAUAUUGAGUAGAGAACAACUGUUAUCUGACAAUCUGGAUACUUAGGAUGAGAAUAUCGUAACGAAUCGAUUUGUGUUACUCACUGCCAUUCGUUAAAUACAUUUAUCUAUAAUGAGUAUGUCUAUUAAUUGGUUCAUGAUGUUUGAUUGUUCUUAUAAGUAUAUAUUAUUAGAGUUUAGAUUUUUUAAGCAUACAGUAUAGGUUAAUGAAAUUUAUCAUUUAGAAAAUUUACAGUUACAGUUACUACAAUUGUCAAAAAGAAGAAGAAAGAAAAAAAAAAAAAGAAAAUAAACCAUCAUUGCUGGUCAAUGAAUUGAAGUUUUGUAGAAAUUUAAAAGUUGGGCCUAUCAUCUCUCUUGAUUUUCUUUUGCGCAGCACUGAAAUAAUAAUAUUUGAUUCCAUAAUAAAAUUAUACCGUCCAAAUUUAUUAUCCAAGCAAAUGUUAGGUCAUUAAAGUUGAAUAAAAAGAUUAUUACAUAAAAGAUUAUUACAUAAAAUAAAUUGGAAGAUAUACCAAGAACUUAUAAGAAGAAUCAAAUAUGCAUAUACCAAUUAUAUCUUGUAAAUAAUGUAGUAUAGUAGUCUAACAUUAAAAAAUCAAUAAACGUGGGUCAUGUGAAAAGCAAAUGAAGUCACGUAGGCUCUGUCUUUUUUUGGAGAGCAAAUUGAUUGUCUCUCUUCAAAAUUAUAGGGCAAAAACCAUAGUUAUGAUAAAGAUAAUCGUGAAUCGAUGCAGAUGGUUGUUCCUGUCAUUUGAGCUAUCGUAAUAGUACAUGUUAGUAGUGUGUAGUACAGAGUAAGAUGAAGCAGACAUACUGCGAAAGAUUAUUUUUUAAUACAAUCAUAAGACAUACGAUCAUCAAUUUCUGCAACUUUACCAUCUUUUAAGUCAUUGAUUCAUACAAAAUACACGAACACAAAAAGUCUAACAAAUUAUAUUGGUAUUUUACAAUAGUAAUAAUAUUACGAUAAAAUGAAUUUAUUUUUAUUACGCCGAACCUUCGAGACCGUAUUUGGAUAGUUUAAUUACGAUCAUAUAGAUGUCCAUUUCUAAUGAGAUAGAACUUAUAAUGACUUAAGAUGCUGAAGAUGCAGAAUAAAUUAUUGCUCCCUAUUAUGCAAAACUAAAAAAGAAAGCACAUGCUUGUUUCAUACCACGUGUAAGUAAAAGAACAAUUACAAUUAAUCUCCUCCUAGAUGUUCGAACAACCUACUCUGCGGAAGUAUAAUAGACAAUUGACUAAUUUAUCUUCGUUGACUUUUCACACGAUAUAAAAUAAAACCGUAUAUAAGAUUCUUUAAGGUGCCGGAUGUUUCAUAAUUUGAUAUGUUUUAGAAUCCGUAUUGCACGGUGUCUGUGAUCUGAGCAAUGCUAAUCGGAUAAAGUAUCCGAUGAAAGCCAAUCAUAAAUAUUGGUAAUGACUUAAUUAUUAUGAGAUUAUAUAUCCUAAUUUAAAGAAAAAGGGUCACAUAUUUAACGUACAAUUUUGCAAGACAUCAUCAAUCGCUCAUACAAAUUUUAUGUAAGAAAAUUUUCACAAAUUUGGACUAUGUAUUUAUCUAAUCGCAGAUUUUUGUUUUUUUAAUUUAAUUUAAUUUUUAUUAUAAAUAUGAUAUUUCUCAUAUUUAUGCAAGCAUUCCUAUUUUAUUACGAUACGUAAUGUGGUAAAUAAUCUACAUAAAAAUAUUUAAACAAGUUGCAGUAGGGAUUUAUACUAUGAUGGAAUAUAUAAUUAAAACAGCCGAAAUGAAAAGAACAAGAAAACAAACAAACAAACGAACAAUUUAUUAACAAUAGUAUCAGAUUCUACAGAUACCAUCUUCGUCGUCAUCUUAAAAGCGAUUAACUUUAGACUGGUUUUACAACUUUAAAGUUAUAUUAUAUUAGACAUUGAAAGAAUCUUCAUACGCAAAUGUUUGCGAACGAUUUAUUAUCUCAAUCGCUUACAUCUAAAGAUUUUUUUUUACAUCUAAAUGUUUUCUUAAUGCGAUUGUGAAUUUAUUGUAUAGCAUUGGGAUUGCAAUUUUCUUUGCACUUUGGCCUACAUAGAGAGGCUCAUAAUUGUAUUAACAGAAAUGAUAUUGUUUAUUUCAAUAUGUCAGUGGUAUAUUUUUGAUCUGAUUUGAUUUGUCGAUUUUUCAAAAUUAUAUCCUUCUUUCCUACCACCACCCCCCCCCCCCCCACAAAUCCUUUUAUCAAUUUAUUAUACAAACCAAUGAAUUUCAACUAAAAUUAUCACUGACGUAUCGAAAUCUACAAGUAUUUUCUUUUUUUUUUCUUUCCUUUUUUUUUCUUUUUUUAUUAGGAAAUGAUUUAAGUCACACAUAUAUUAUGUUUAUCACUUUAAUAUAUGUAAUCAUAUUGAUUUGUUGCUGUUCUAUUAUCAUCGUGUCGCAUUCAAUUGUUAUAUUAUCAUAAUAUUUAGAGUAUCGAAAUUUUGCCUAGAUUAAAAAAAAAAAAGGAAAAGUUAAUCUCCAAACGUGAUCUAUGUAAUAUUUACAUAAAUUAUGUUUUUUAAGUAUACUUUUCUUUUAACAUACGUAAAAAUAUGAUAUACAACAAUAUUAAAUAUUGUUUCUCAUCCCUAGAAAUAUAUAUAUAUAUAUAUAUAUAUGUGUGUGUGUAUACCAUAUAUAUAUAUAGAUAACGUUGGACGGAUAUAAAGAAUGGACACUGCCAAACGCUAAUAAGUUAUUUUUCUGAAUAACAAUAUAUAUAACGAUAUUAUAUAUUACAUAUUUUAUGUCGGCAAAUAUUAAGACAAUUUCUUUUUUA